AUGGACAAGAAAAAGUCAUUAAUCCUUCUUAAACAUUACGCUGAUGUGGAGAGGGAAAUACAGGGUCUUGACGCUACCUUCCUCGAUUUGCUGAAAACAAGCGAGGGAGACGUCCUUUCUAAAAUCAAGACAAGAAUAAAAAGAAUGGAAGACAGAGAUUAUGUUGUUCUUGUAGCAGGUGAAUAUCUUGAAUAUAAUGCGUAACCCAAACCACCGAGGUGCUUUGAUCAUGAUCAUGCAGAAAAACAACGGGUGAAAAAGUGACAGAAAGGAGUAUCAAAAAUCUACUUGGCCAGGACGUUUCUAAGUUUAUUUUUAAUAAUUUGUUUUAACAAAACUGUCAAUUAGGUUUUAUCGAAUUCUUAAGCCAGAGAGUCUUAAGCCAGAGUGGCGACUUGUGAGGCUCUGACCUUUAAAACCGGAAAGAUUACGUCGAAUAACUUGAACUCGAGUAUGUGGGCGGAACACUUUAUGACAAUUGUACUUUACUUACGGUAAAAUUUCAAACCAAUAUAGACUGUUGAAGGAAGAACUUGAGAUUUAAGAUUUGAGUAAUGACCAUUUUGCAUUUUACUUACGCUUAGGGGAGACCAGUGCAGGAAAAAGCAGCAUGUUGAAUCUAAUUCUUGGUGAAGAGCUUUUACCAUUUUCAGUUCUUAGUACAACAUCUACAAUAUGUGAAUUGAAAUAUGGGAGAGAGAAAAGGAUAAAGAUACACUAUAAGAAAGAAGGAAAGGCUCCGGAGAUAAAGUAUCUUACAGAAUCCUCGCCUUACAUAGAUCAAAUAUCAGAAUUUGUUCAUGUCAAGUCUGCAAGUUUGAGAGAAAAGGCAUCAAGUUACAAAAAGGUGGAAUUGUUUUGGCCUCACAGAUUAUUACAGGUUAGAGACUCCGACGAUCGUGCUUCAAACCAUACUUUUAUAAAUAUGAUGCAAGGUGACACCUAAAUUUCAGGAACUUUUUUGGAGCUUUAACGCCAAAUGGUGAGAAGAAUUACAUGGAGAAAAUAAACUUACUUACUCUGUUUCCACAUUAGGACGGUGUUGUAAUCGUUGACAGCCCUGGCGUCGGGGAGUCUGACAUUAUGGACGAAAUUGUUGUUAACUACUUGCCAAAUGCCUUUGCUUUCAUCUAUGUCAUCAACAGUAGCAAUGCCGGAGGAGUUCAAAGAGAUCGGGUGAGUAAUUAUUGAUACUUUCUGUAUUGACUACCGCCAAUCCUUUCAACUCCUCACCAGUGCUCGAUCUAUUUUUUAAACCACGAUUUUUGUAGAUAGCUCAAAGAGCUCAAAAAGCUAUCUCAUCAAAGCCCUAUGUGUUGAUUGAAUCAAUCUAUACAGCUUGUUUCCUCAUUUGUUAGCUUGUUCGACUUCUGCACAAAACGAGGGAACUCACAAAUGAACAGCAAAUGGAAUUCUCACCAAACUGCACUUUGUUCGUUUGCAAUAAGUGGGACACAAUACCAACCUCAGAGGGAGAUGUGGUCAUAGCGCACAUAAUCAACAAGUUGAGUCAGUGUUUGCCAGAUGUCGACACAAAUACUCAAAUUAUCCGCAUUUCAACUACUAAAGCUCUUGUGGCCCAGAAGUAUGGAGUCAUGAAUUCAGAAUUUGCCUCACUUACAGACAAGAUUGGCUGUUUGGUUUCGAAAAGCAUCGAAACAAGACUUGAACAACAUUGGAGGUAGUUUAGAUCAUUUCUAAAUGUACGUUUGUCAUGAAGCUAUUAUUUAUUAGGCAAAAACCAUCUCGUUCUGUCAUGGCCUGUCAUCAAGAUUUCUUUCGUCUCAAAAAAAAUCACUGCUAUAAACGAAAGUAAUUGUACAAGUCUACACUUCUUCCUGAUUGCUUAAACACUCCUCUCAACGGGCCUGCUAUGUUACUUGUGGCAGUUCAAGCCAAAGAAGUUUAAGGCGAAAGAAGUCACAUCCGAGGGGCAGUAACUGAGGGAUAGAUAGAGACCUACCCCUCUGAAUUUCCAUACAACAAAAAUUUGAAAAUGAUAGAAUCUUGCAACAUUCCUUUCAUGACGUUAUGCCUCUCUACUAGAGCAGCUACUCUCCACCCAUCUCUUGCAAAUAUAUGAGAAAUAGAUGCAUGGACGGCUACCUUAAAAAACAGGAGCCUUUCCAAAUUUUUCUCAGAGAAAUUGGGAAAAAAUGUGUACCUGUGGUAUAGAAUUAAAAAACAUCCAUCUUCCUCGUAUGUUCAACUGGUAACUAUAUUUGAUUCUUUCUUAAUUUGUACAGCUGGCUAGAUCUUUUGCUGUCUCGAAUAAUCUGGCUGAUGAGUACAUUAAUAACAAAUAUCUCCACUGACCAUGUGGCUGCAAAAGAUAGAUUAAAUGCUGUGAUAGAGAGGCUGAAGAAACUUCAAGCGGAACAGGAGUCAUCGAAGGAGGCAAUGACGCAAUUUCUUGAAGAGAGCACUUGUGAGGCCAUCAACACCUUAAUCGAAUACCUUCAGAAAUCCGAAGUGAAAGAGAGAUUUUGCAAGUGGAACUCUGACGAGCUUCCAGCUGUCGAGAAGUCAUGGGAAGUUACUGAGGCUGCCCUUGUUAACCUUCUUCAAAGAAGAUUACAGAUAUUUAUUGAAGAAUGGGAGGAAGAGGAGCAAAUGUUUGCAAAGGCACGGAAAUCAGUCAUCCAAGAGUUCCUCGAAAAAUACAAUUAUCUGGAGAGGGAGCUUCGCAACGUGGAAGUCAAUGCUUCACAAAUACAAGUACUUGUUGAAGAAGAAACGGCAGGCGAAAGUGUAGAGGAUCACGUUUUCAACAGCAAGUACAACUUUUCGCUUCCAUUUGAAAGUAAACUUUUUCUUGGAAUAGCGAUUCCUUUCAUGGUUCCACCUCUUCUUGUUGGAGCUGCGUUUGCUGUUCCAGUAACACUGCUUCUUCUUCCAAUGGUGGGAAUUAAAUCUAUUGCCGACAGCAUCAAAGAAAGAAAAAGGCAGAGUGCAUACAAUAAAGAUCGCGCUGAGUACGUGCGAAUCAUGGCACAAAAGUUUUUAGGGAAGGCUGCAACCUUCGAGGCACUAAAGCCACUGGUCGAAGGGCAAUUGGAGCUAGCUGUAAACACCCUGAAUGACCUGCAAGCGAGAAUCCCCAUGCUUGUUGAGGCCGAUGUAAAACUUUGUCAGCAACUUAUGGAGGAGGCACAUAGCAAGAAGGAUUCUGAAGCUCGCUACAAGCCCUGUAGAGACAAAUGCAGCCGUUUGCGCGGUGAGCUCGCGUUGUUUGGUUCUAUGGAGAUCUGGUGCAUGCGGCUCUCCUGGGAUGACCUUUCUUGGGAUGUCAGCGAGGAUGUCUACUUGAAGCGACCAAUGGAACCUGGGCUCUACCAAGGGCGCAUUUCCAAGGGCAGGUACUCAUCAAGUAGCCAAGUAACCUUUAAAGUGUACAGAGACCUGCUAACCAGCAGCAAUAUCAUUGAGUGCUUGGCAGACGAAGCUAUCUUGAGGUACAUCUUAAUUAAUAAACAAACAAUUUUUAAUCAAACACUCAACUAACAAAACAAACUUGUUUUUUUUAGGAUUCAGAACACGCGUUAUGCUAGUAACACUUCGGUAUUCUCCCUAAAAUACCCAAGUCAAUUUAAUAGAUGUGUUGAGCUAUUUUCCCUUAAACAUGACACUUGUACGGGCAUUCCUCGUUUAACGUACAGUUCUGUUCGAUUUAGUCUAGAAUUAAUUUUUACCGGUGCAGUGCCCUACCAGCCAAGCUAACAAGCCAACUGAGAGCUGGUCAUUGUGUUAAUUCGUAAUAAACCGCCACCGCUGAGGUCAUGGGUCCAAAUCCUGUACAGGCCUAAAUGUUUUCAGGCCUUAUUUUCACUACUCCUUGAGUAGUGUUCAUUACUGCGAAGAUCACUUUCAUAUUUAUUUCCUGAACAGUAAUUUACAUGUAUGAUUUUCAUAUGUUCACAAUUUUUCAGAAAAUAUUUUCCUACUUUCACUACUCAUUUUGUUCUCACUCCUACCACGUCCAAAGUUGAAAGUUGUUCACAUAUUUCUUGUGUUUGUUGUUUUCUCCACAGGAGGCUUCGCCAUCCUCACAUUGUCAAGUUUUACGGUGCUGUUUUUAGAAAGGUUCCAAGGGGUUUAGAAGCAGCCUUUGUAACUGAGUGUCCAGGAGUUGAUUUAAAGAAACAUCUGAUCGAUCAACCCAGAAAUUGUCCUGCGAAGAAUCCCGUGGCAACGAUGGAUGUGAUUCGCUGGGCAGACCAAGUCGUCGAAGCACUGAUGUCGAUUUACAGCAUGUUUGACGGAUGUGUUCACGGUGACCUUCGGUUAGAAAACGUUUUGGUAGGGAAAUAUUUCACUUUUUAAUAAAAAGUUUUGUUUUACAUUGGUUUCACACUCAAAGAAAAAAAUAGUAAAUUUAAAAACUAUCAGAACUACCAAAGUCUAUGACUCGCAGUAAAAAUAAAGGGUUGGAUUAUUUCUCUCUCCCGUGUGCACGGACCUUUUCUCGUUCAAGGACUUCCGCGUCACUGUGUUCAAACUUAGUUUUAUGGGCUGUCUUUAAGUACAUUUUGAUCUAGACUAAGCCAGGCCAAAUAGCUUGCAAUUAGACCCUCACACUUUUGAAAAGCUAAAUCAAUUAUAACUGCGAAGUGAUCAUUUCAUGUGCAUCUACGCUACUAUCAUCUAUUGCAUAACUUGCUCUUAUUGCAAAAAGUCAUACAUCGGUGAAACUGGAAGACGACUAGGUGAUCGAUUCCGAGAACACCUUCGCGACGUAGAAGGAAAUGCAAGGCAAAUCCAAACCAGUCGCUAGACUCUUGAUCUCCCUAAUCAUUCUAAACAGCAUAUGGCGGUUUGCGGCCUUUCCUUACAUCUAGGGAAUUCGGGAAGCCGAAAAAUUUUAGAACAAAAGUUGAUCUCUCAAAACGGCGCCCUUAAUCCCCACGGUAUCAACGAGCACUUUUCAUUCAACUUAUGAAGUAAGCUAUUAAACUGCCUACGAUGGCCAAUUUACGUUAUGAACUCAGUUGCCAUUACCAAACUACCCUGUUAUACUCGCCCACCGAUGCAGCGCCACAGUUCUGUAGAAACUUACCCCCUUUAUUCAGUUAUAUAAAUCUAUCUCAUAACAUCGAAAAGAAGAUGAAGAUAUAACUGCUUUGUUCAUAAGUAAGUGUGUUUCAACCAAACUAGUGACCUUUGCCUAGUCAUACUCAGUUUUGUUCUAUUUCUUUAGGUGAGAUCCAGUGUACUCUUUAAAAAUGCUAGUCCAGCAAGACAAAACCACUAUUUAUUGAGUUUCUUUUUAUCAUCAAUUCAAAUCAUUUUUUUUGGUAUUAUUUUACAUAGCUUGACGGUCCCAAUGUCCGUGAUAUUAAGUUGAGCAACAUCUCCCUCAGGAGGCAGCUGACCAUCGAGCAUGGAUCAAAGUGUGAUGCAUUUCUUCAUCUUCCGCCAGAAGCUGUGCGAAAUAGAAACUACAAUGCCUCUUCAGAGAUUUACUCCCUCGGGAUCUUGUUCUGGGAAAUAUGGUACGGCAAAGAAGCUUUUGAUGAUUUAAAAGGUAAGAAGAUGGAAGAAUUUUUAUCAGUUGUAGAAGGAGGCCAUCGUCCCGAUCUUGGAGGUCUCACAACUCCGACAUCAAAUCGGUGGGCUACUCUCAUUUCUGGUUGCUGGGAAAAGACGGCCUCAGAAAGGAAAAGCCUCGCAGAUUGUAAGUCAACUAUUAUGGGAAUUUUAGCUAGUCAAAGAUAGAGCCUAUCCUGGAAAAAAAAACAAGAUGCUUCAACUCGGUGUAAAAAUAGACUUAAAAUUCAAGAAAGCAUUGAAAGCAACUCAGAUUGGGCUGGUUAGCCUCAAACCCUGAAGUUAACUAUAAACUGGGGAAGUUACAGUCCUAUCCUUUGUAUCGAAUAAUAGACAUAAUCUUUUAAACAAAAACAGUCUCUUAAUUUUGGUUUGUGGCCUUCCUUUGUUCUACAUUGAAUUUUUUCCCUUUUUUGGUUUCCUUUGUGUUUUAAACCAUUUUUAAUUGCUUCUGUGAUCGAGACUUUUUUUCGCACCAUGUUGGGCAAUUCCAUAAAAUUAGUAGUUACUUCAUAGCUUUUCCCUAACUUGUCAGAUCCAUUAACCUUACCAAUACCUACUUUUCAAGUUUCGGAUGUCAGAGUGGAAACUGUGGUACAAAGAAGGUUUUUCCUUUCUGUAACGAAAGUUCGAAAGUUUCUUAUGAUGCAGUGGUGAGGUUAUUCAAUUAAACUUCAGGAGCUUUCGAUCCUAUACGUGGGAUGCUAAGUAACUGUGUGUUUUAUAACUUUUUCUUGUUGUCACCUUGUGGUGAAAGGGUGGCACAUGCUCUUUGUUUUCCUAACGCAUGCUAGUAUCCGAGGAAACUCUAUUGCAAUCGCCAUUGGGAAAGUUAUAAAAUCUUCGGAGGUAGUUUAUCCUUCCCACCACAUUAGGGCGAAGAAUUUUUUUAUCCCUAUUUUCUGCUCUCAGUAAUUACUUUAGUUCAAUAAAAUUUCCAAUGAGUAAGUUUGAAAAAUUUUGUUUUAAAUUAUCUAAAACGAUCAGCUAGUGAGAAUAAGCGACACCAAUUGCAAUUUGUAUCUUUGUUUAUCACACUUUGAAGUUCUCGCUUUUAGAGUAGUUGAUUUAUAUUAAUUCUUGAGCUAUAAGGUGUAGACCACAAACAUAUUUCUUAUGUAGUACGGAAUAGUGAUAAGAGAUUCUGAAGGAGUCUGAUGUCUAGAGACGCUUAGUUAAUUCUGUUGAGUAAAAUAGUGUACGAAAAGAUACAACGCUGUAUAAAAAAAGCAACAGAUAGAAUAAAAAAAAUGUACCAGCCCA